AUGUCACACGUUUGCUUCCAGGUGGGAGGGCAGAAGCCCACUCCUGAACUCACCUGGACAGCCUGGUCCCCAGACCAGGAGCACUUAGCAUCACCCGGGAACUGGGUAGAAAGGCAUACACUGUUCUGGAGCCCAACCCUAGAUGUGCUAAGUCAGAAAUUCUGGGGCAGGACCCCUCAGCCUGAGUUUUAACAAUCUCUAGGUGAUGCUGAUGCACAUUUAAAUUUGAUGGUCACUGACAUUCCAGGCGUGGCGUGGGAAGGACCUCUCUACCAACGGGCCUCACCCCGUGGCCUCGGGCGGGUGAUUAGGGAGCUCACUGCGGUUGCACCUGCGAACCGGAAGGUCGUUCACAGCAAGCGCACACACUUCGCCGUAUUUAAGAUGCAGGAAGUUGUUCCUGUGCGCACAGGUCAAGGGGUUGCUUCCCCUUUUGCCUCCACCUAAUCCAGAUCGCAGAUUGGGUUGAACUGGAGACCCAGCAGGGGUCGCUGCUGUCCACAAAGAGAGGCCCAGGGAGCGUGGCCUGCGAAGCCCCGAAUCUUUGACAUCACACUAAGCUCCUCCUUGCACGCACACAUUACACACACAGACAAACACACGCGCACACACAACCAUAUACAGACACAGAGACCGCGUACUCACCUCUGACCGCUCGCGCCCACUUCGCCGGAGCCGACCUCGCCCGCCCGCGGCAAGUGCGUGCGGCGUGGCCACGAGAGAAGCGAGGGCGAGCGGCCGCGGCGCCAGGGAACCGGCGCGCAGCAGGAGCGGCGGCCGGGACGCUCCGGCAGCACCCCGUGCCUCCGGCAGCCGCGUCCGCCCCCGCCGGGGCUGAAGGGCGCAGAGCCGCCACCUCGCUCGCUCCCGGGCCCCCUGCCACCCCUAUGAGAGAAGGAGAAGCCGGGCGAAGGAGCAGGACGCUCGGCAGCUGGACUCCUCCGCAAGCCCCGAGCGCCCCCUUCGCCUGCCCCCCUCCGGCGCCCGGGAAGCGACAUGCAACCGCCGCGCUUCGGCUGAAAGGGGAAGGGGCCGGCGCCACUCGCCCGCUCGGAAUCCGGUCCCCGCGGCGGCGGCGCGUCUCGGCCGCGGUCCCCCGGGCCCGGGAGUGAGCAGGGGCAGGGGCAGGAGAGGAGGCCGGGCCGGAGUUGGCCCAGGCGGGGGAGGACGGCGCGGGGGACCGGGAAGGGGCCCCGGCGGAGAAAGAUGGCAAUGUCUCUCAUCCAAGCGUGCCGCAGUCUGGCUCUCUCAACAUGGCUGCUUUCCUUUUGUUUCGUGCAUCUGCUCUGCCUGGACUUCACCGUGGCCGAGAAGGAGGAAUGGUACACCGCCUUCGUGAACAUCACCUACGCCGAGCCGGCGCCGGACCCGGGGGCGACGGGCGGCGGCGGCACGGAGCUGCACACCGAGAAGACCGAGUGCGGGCGCUACGGGGAGCAUUCGCCCAAGCAGGACGCCCGCGGGGAGGUGGUCAUGGCCAGCUCGGCCCAGGACCGCCUGGCCUGCGACCCCAACACCAAGUUCGCCUCCCCGGCCCACGGCAAGAACUGGAUAGCCCUCAUCCCCAAGGGCAACUGCACGUACAGGGAUAAGAUCCGGAACGCGUUCCUGCAGAACGCCUCCGCCGUGGUCAUCUUCAACGUGGGCUCCAGCAACAACGAGACCAUCACCAUGCCCCACGCAGGCGUGGAAGACAUCGUGGCAAUAAUGAUCCCCGAGCUGAAAGGCAAGGAGAUCGUCAGCCUGCUGGAGAGAAACAUCACCGUGACGAUGUACAUCACCAUCGGAACCCGCAACCUGCAGAAAUACGUGAGCCGCACCUCGGUCGUGUUCGUCUCCAUCUCCUUCAUCGUCCUGAUGAUCAUCUCCCUCGCGUGGCUGGUCUUCUACUAUAUCCAGAGGUUUCGGUACGCAAACGCCAGGGACAGGAACCAGCGCCGGCUGGGAGACGCAGCAAAGAAAGCGAUCAGCAAGCUCCAGGUCCGGACCAUCAAGAAGGGUGACAAGGAGACAGAGCCCGACUUCGACAACUGUGCCGUUUGUAUCGAAGGCUACAAGCCCAGCGACGUGGUCCGGAUCUUGCCCUGCCGGCAUCUUUUCCACAAGUCCUGUGUUGACCCCUGGCUCCUAGACCACCGCACCUGUCCCAUGUGCAAGAUGAACAUUCUUAAAGCCCUAGGGAUCCCGCCCAAUGCCGACUGCAUGGACGACCUGCCCACCGACUUCGAGGGAUCGCUGGGAGGCCCCCCCACCAACCAGAUCACAGGCGCAAGCGACACGACCGUGAAUGAAAGCUCGGUCACGUUGGACCCUGCCGUCCGGAUGGUGGGAGCCCUGCAAGUGGUCCAGGACACAGACCCCACCCCGCAGGAGGGAGAAGUCAUCUUUUCUACCAACAGCGAACCGGAGCCCGCCGUGAGCAGCGACUCGGACAUCUCGCUCAUCAUGGCGAUGGAGGUCGGACUGUCGGACGUGGAGCUCUCCACCGACCAAGACUGCGAGGAGGUGAAGUCGUGAACUGGAGAAUGUGGGACAAAGGGACGGUAGGACCCACGGGGACCGCAGAGAGGGGUGUGCGCUGCGACUCGGGCCAGGCUCACACGCGCCUCCAGAACACCUCGGCCCCUGCAGGGCGCUCCGCUCAGGAACGGUGGCGAAAAGCAAUACCCGGAGUCGGGCCGGCGACGCGGUCUCCCUGCCUCCACGACAGCGCCCACGGCCUCGGCAGGCUGGACACCCAAAGCUGAGCCCCCUCCCACGCCGCCGUGGACACACUCACCCUUCAGAAGCUCCUACCCCGGACGGAAAGGACGCGCUUAGGGCUUCUCGGUUUUCAUUUCAAGUUUUUCCUGGUCUUGUUUUUUUGUUUGUUUGUUUUGAAAUUGAUGUUUGAUUUCUUUGGUGGUUUCUUUUUAAAGACUGUGUGUAGUUCCCUUUAGGUUCACGCCUCUGUGUGUCCUUUGAUUCACUCCAGCGUUGACAGAGAGCGGUGUUCAGAAGUGCCCGGUCCCGUUGUGGCUGGCCUGUGCGCUCUGCGUCUGAGAUGAAGGGCCCCAGCUCCUGGCCUGCAGCUCGUGUGGCUUUGGGGAGUGCCUCUGUACCCCGAACAGGUCGAAGGCCAGCUUUCACUAGGAAUCCGAAUUCUUUCCAUUGGAUCUUUAACUUCCCAGGUGCCGGAGACCCCGACACUAAGCUGUGAACCUGCGGAGGCCACUGCUCAUUAGAGUGUCCGCAGCACCACGCUGGUGGCCUCUUGCCCGGCGCCGUGGGGGGCCCACGUGACAGGAGAAGGAAGCUCUAGGGAGGCACGUUCAUUUGUCUGGGUCUCACCCUCUUUGAACUCAGAGGUCCCCUCCAGGGCAUUAAGGCCACUCUCCGUGGCUGUAGGGCUUGUAGCUGGAACCACAAGCUCCGUGUUAAGGCCACAUAUCACGAAUCGUUCCUGAGAGUGGAUCAUCUGUUGUACGGGCUCCCCCAAGGCCGGAGCAGGGUCUGGGACCUCAUGCAGCUUCUGCAGGAGAUGGUGGCCUUAGUCGCCUCCAAGCCCGUGUCCCCACAGUGCAGGUUCUACCUGGAUUCCAGCACACUUCCGUUACCCCGGCCAGACCUGGAGGAAGGAUGUAGGCGAAUCCUCUGCAGGUUGCUCCCCGGGGCUCCCCGAGCGGGUCCAGAUGCCGGGUGAGGAGGGAGGUGUGAUCUGAUGAACAUUUGGUCUAAAAGGUACAGCAGGGGAGUUGGCGACGUCACGAGAGAGACAGACAGAGAAGGGAAGGGGUGCCCAAUGGCUACAACACACCACCCCUGUUUUGAAACCCUUUAUGUUUGCACUCUUUUUUUGUACCUCUGACAGAAAUGUGCUAUUUUUCCAGUGGGCAGUUUUGUAACGGGUUUCUUUAGACUCUCCCGGGGCAGCGAGGGCGAAGGACAGGAACAGUUUCUCCGGACGGUCAAGGGUCGGGUCGCUUCGGGCUGCCGCAGGGCUUGACAGGAGAGGGGGCUUCCCUCCCCGAGUUCUCUGCACCUCAGACGAGGCUUCUCCCCCACCCCAUCCUCACACUAACACUCACCCAAAACACAGAGCUCGGUUCUUCCGCCGCAGAACCUCGCUGCCCGCCAGCGAGGCACGGAGUGCCGCGCCAGAUGGGGGGACACUUCUGGGUGCGCCCUUGUCACCGCCACCUUCGACCGUUUCCCAGGUGACGCUUUCCGAGCAGGCCGCAAGGCGAGGGAAAUGAUUGCCACCCUCAGAAACGUCCCCUUCAGGGAGGAAUGAAGACGGCGCUGAACCAGGAGUCAGGAGGCCCAGAUGAGCCGCGUGCGCACCGGCCUCUCCCUGUCCACCUGUGGAGUGGAGGGGUGGAGCAAGACGGUGCCCAAGGCACCUUCUGGCCUGGGGCCACCAGUGAGCACUUUGCCAGGGACAUCUGUGUCUCUCGGGAUGGCAGGUGGCCGCCUUCCCACCCUGAGGAGGCGGGGUUGCUGUGCAUGGGACAUACGGUGACAUCUUUCAGAUUGGGUGCUCCUGUGUAGCUGAGCGUGGGUAUCUCAGGGAUUGAAGUUUUAAGCCCAAGUAGGAGUUGCUUGGCUUCCCCUAAUUCCAGUCCUCUGUUAGUCACUACGUUUGCCACCUCUGGACACCUGCCAGGCCUGGUGUUUUUGUGGGCAGUGGUUCAUUCAAGGUGUUUCUUUUCUCGGUCAGCCUGGGCCCGCAACACCUACCCCGCCUUCGUCAGCUUGGCCCUAAACAAAUUUUGGUCUUAAGUGGAAUUAGAAGGAUAAUUCAACAGCAAAGGAAACAGGCUUUGCAUCCCAUACACAGAGAGAACACCCCUGCAGGAGUGCAUGCCUAGCCCUCUGCUUGGCGAGGGUUCUCCCUGCCGGUUCCCCGGGGCGCAGGGAUGGACUGCACGCGGCCGCGGCCGCCGCUAGAGGGCGCUGCAGAUAUGCUGAGGGGCCCGGGAGGUUCAGCAGAAGCCGGUGCACCUGACCCCCUGAGUCUAUGAGGUUCUCCACUUACCAAAGGUCUGUUUCUGGAGGGUUCUCCUGUGACUUUGGUAGCUAAGAAAAAAAAAAUUUAACCAGCAUGGAACGGUGCAAAAGAAAUAGAAACAGCCCUUCUUCCCCCACAGCAUUCCUCACCACCUCCCACCAAAGACCUGGGGACCCCAUGAUUCAGAGGCUAUCAAAAGGUUGCGGAAAUCGCUAGAAGUGUAGGCAAACUUCAAUGGAUUGGCUGAUGUGCAUUUUUCCGUCCUGGGUGUCUAGACCAGCACUGUCCAACAGAAAUGUAAUGCAAGUAAAAAAAGUCAGCACGUACAAAUAAUUUAAUAACCUCUUUCUUUCAUCCAAUAUUAUCGUUUCAACAUGUGAUUCAUGCGAAAAGUGUGAAUGAACUGCUUUGCAUCCUUUUUUGUACUUAGCCCUGUGCAGGCAUUGCGUCUGUUACACUCCCAGGCCUCUCCGUUGGGACCAGCUCCUGAUUGGACAGUGCAGGUCUCCAGCUUCUCCAACCUUCUCACAAGGUUCCCUGAUGCUUACAGAGAAAACAGGCUAAAACCUAGUCACCUGCCCAGAGGACUAGACUCCGCCCAAGCGGCCUAACUAGGGACUCACAGGUGUGUUUGUUUUGUAACAGAUAACUGUUCAGGCCGCCCUUGCUGGGAUUUCUGCUCAAACUUCCCAGCCACACCCUGAGCCCCAUUAGCGUUUACUGCUAUUUCUCUGGCCGGUCGUUUUUCAGAAAGGCGCACAAACCACGUUGAUUUGGUGCUCAAACAAGAGUCCGUCCCUCCCUUCUCCGGCAAACCCUGAGGCUGAUCCAUGGCACUCCACAACCAAAGAGAAUUCCAGACUGUAGUCUUCCAACGUGACCUUGACCCCUAAGCAGUCCUUCUUCCUGCUUGGUGGGAGGUCUUUCCCCAAGCUGCUGCCCCCAGGGGCCUUCGAAGGGAAAAGUAGGAAGUUCCUAUUGACUCCAAAUACCAGACUUUGUGUGGCAGGACUGAGAAAAAGUCUUUGGGGCUGGAGACUGUCCAGACAUUCCUUGGUGAGUUCUAACUGCCUGGCAACAGCCCAGCUCUUAACUUGAAAUCAGCAUCCCCGCCCUCCAACCACGGAGGCCGUGGACUAGAACCAGAGCAUUUUCAUUCCCUCAGAACAAUGUAGAGUCACCUCUAGGAAUUGCGACCUCCUGUGUGGCUGGUCCCUUGGGGAGGAGCUGAGCCCCGCCCCCCCCCCCCCCCCCCCCGAUCAGGAAAACAGCACCUGGACCUUGAUGGAGUGUCCAGGGUUUGUCACCCCGGCAGUGUCAACGGUGCCAUCUAGGCAGGAGGAGUGGAGAGUUUGAGAAGGCAGGAGGUGAGUAGUGGCAAAGGCACCCACCUGUUCUGACACCACCUGGUAGUCAUGAUAACCUUGGAGGCAAGGCUCUGUCCGAAGAGGUUUGUUUGGUCUUGUUUCCAGCGUUUCCCUCGUUCUGGUGGAAACGUCUCUAGGCCUCUGUGGCCCUGGGUUUGGUCCCAUGAAAAACCGAGGUGCCUGAUGGCAAUUUUGGCCCGUGCCCUGACCUCCCCACGGCUGCCAUGCUCUUAGAAUCAAACAUUCUGACAGAUAAACCAACAUAGGAUUCUUCUUUAUAUUUAUGAGUUUUGAUUAGAUGAGAAUUCUUGCCGAGCAUACAAAAUAAACGGCCUCCUCUUGACUGAACACCAGGAAAUCCCAUUAAAUCAAAACUCCUGCAUCAAAAAGGUGGGCUAUAGAGUCACACCCUCCAUGGAGCGAGGACCCAGGGUGAUUUCCAGCAGCAUUUUUAUACCCUCUCACUUAAAUCUCUCCUCAUUUCUGUCUCCAAGCCUGGCUUUCUCUGAUCACCCGUCUCUUCCAUUGUGUGUGCACCCACACAUUCUUCUCCCACCUUUCAGGACAAAAGGCCUUGGUUCUGCAGGUCUCUGGAGUGAUCAGUGCGGCCACCGUUGUUAGUGGCGUUGGUGUUUUCCUCUGACGUCAUGGCAACACCUGUAUUUGUGCUUCGGAUGAUAAUGCCCAGUUCAGGCUAACGGCAGAGUCCUCUGUGAAGGCGCUAGCCCCGUUUUCUCUUCUCAGAUCUAAUUGUACCGCAAGACCAUCCACAGCUCUUUCCUUUUGUCUCCCUCCGCCCCCAGGCGUCCUUGCCUGAAAAGUCUCCUAGGGAAACCAUGGCCAGGAACCAACUCCAGAAUACUGCCCAGAUUUAUGAUCUUCCACCUCCAGCAUCUGCCACCUUCCUAGCUCACUGCAGGCCCCAGGGGUAGGGGUCUCAGAAAAAUGUGUGGGCUGUGCCAUACGCCAUGGCCACUCAUGCUGCUGAACAUGGUGGCGUGAGAGCUUGUCUCUGUAAGUGAUCUGAGAGGCCACUGCUUCCUUAAGACGGAAAAAGACACACAGAGAAACCACCCUCCUAAGGGGAGGGACCCACCGUUCCUCAGCGCUGCUCUGAGCCCCAGAGGUCCCUCAUCUGGCUGUUGCAGGGCCCGGACUGAGGAGCGAGCACAUUCGGUGACGGUCGGUCAUUAAAGGAUGGUGUGAGGACGACCCUGUGGGGAGUCGGGACGGAGGACGGCAGGAUAGGAACGUGGGUGUUCUCCCCGAGUCGGUGCCCGUUGCCCGGGUGCAGAGCUGACCUGGUUGUAUGUGUGUGUGUGUGAACACGUGUAUGUGUUAAGGAGUUAAACACUCGUGAUUGCAGAGAAGGUCUGGACUGCCUGAAACCUAAACUCACUCUGAGCCGCAGGAAUGAGUUUCUCACCACUUACCUCUCCCUUUGCCCCACGUCUCUGCCCCUGGUACAAGGCCAGGCCUGUGGUCACAGGGAUGGUUGUUUUUCAAGACCCUUGGGUGCCUAGCUGCACUCCUCCACACUGAGUCUUUGAUGGCACUGAAUUGUCCUCCCAAAACUAGCGAGUCCAGAUCCUAGAGGGGUGCCCUUCAUUACCAAGCCUUCUAAUUGCAAAACCCGCUUGUUCUGCCACCUGCCAAGGUCACUCACAUCUCUCUGAACCACGCCUCCCCCUCAAGGGCUUCAUCCAGUGGCUUUUGUCAGGAAUCUCAGUGAUCCAAGACCUCCUCAUCUUCGUUACUAUUGACGUUUGCACUUACCGUGGAGCCAUUUGCUCUGCGGCCACCGAUCAAUAUCUGUUGAUAUGAUCAAGCAAGAAUAUAUGUCUCAUCUUGAGAGGUCCGCAGGUCUGAACAGGGCACAAGAGAAAAGUCCGUGGAGAAACUGGCUCAACCUGAGUUACCCGUAGUCACUACCGGGCAGAAAGCCUGUGGUCUCAGCGUCCCUACUGCAGCGGAGGGCUUGGAGAAGCAGGGACACGGCGGGGGGGGGGGGGGGGGGGGGUCCCUGUGUGCUCUGGAAACCAAAGACAGAUCCCCAUCCAAUGGACACGUGUUUCUUCCAUGGACUAGCUGAACUUUCUCCCAAUGUUCUCAGAAGUAAAGGUGAAGGUGCGUUGCCUGGUCGAAGGGAACUGUGACAUUUCGAGAGGGUUUCUCUUUGCCGGCUGGCGAUUGACCUUACUAAACCCAGAAAUCUAAAAAAAAAAAAAAUGUCUUGUGGCCUUAGUCCCUCAGCAUCUUUAAAGUCUAGUGGUUACUCCCCUUCUCCCUCAACAGGUUUAAACACAUCUAUCUCUUUAUUCCACUCAGAAUACUAUUCUCUUGGACAAUGUGACGAUUUUCAGUAGCCAAAGAAUUUUCACGUAGGAGAGCUAGGUCAUUCAUAUCCCACUCUUCCGAGGGGAACACCAAACCUUCGCCCAUGCGGACCCGCAGAGCGAGCAGCAGCGGAAGGACUCCCUCACUGGGCCGCGCGGUGGUGUUGCACGGCGGCAGGGCGCCCUCUGCUGCCCAGCCCUCCUUUCCGCCAGCUCCUUGGACUGCAGAGCCACCGCGUCAUCAGCCAGCUGUUUGCCUUUCACUAUCGAGUUGCCUCCGUGGCUGAGAACUUGGUUUUAUCAAAAGAGGAAGCAAUGUCACAAACCCCGAGAAGCUGAAAGUGAGCCCCACCGGAGACCUCACUGCCGGCCGCCUUUUCUCCUGCACGUUAUCGCCACGCAUUGUCGGCUGUUUGUGCAAAGACGCCUCUGGCCGGAAUGUUUGUGCAGAGUCAUGAGGCCAAGACCUGACUGUUCGGUGACUUCUCUGCACUUGAUCCCUUGGUCAAACAAAGGAAGGUCGAUACACAGACUUCGCUCCUACGAAUGUCGAUGGUGUGAAAUACUGACAUGUUUUCUACAUGUCCAACAGUAUAGUUACUUCCUGCUCUCGCAUUAGUAGUCUGGAAUGGUUGUACCGUUUUAUAAUUAGAAAGAGACGUACGGGGUGGGGGAGGGGUAGACAGGCUGUUAUUUUUAUAGUGGGAUGGUCCUUAUAUCUAGAAAACUUGAAGUAACUUUGUAUUCGUGAAAGGUUACAUUCCAUGCAUUUCCUGAAAAAAAAAAUGGGUCUUGUUUUUUAAAGUAGUCAUGAGCUGGGAGCAUGGUCAUUCUCGUUCUGGGGGAGCCCUCCAAGAAGAACGCAGGGUCCCGGAAUGCAGGGUCCCACAGACGUGAUGCCCGCGUGAGUGCGGUUGGUCGGGUAAUAACCUGGGUGUGACACUUUGUAGUUUCAUGUGACCGUUUCCCCUAAAAUGUCCUACGGUGUGCUUGAGUGUGAUAUUGUUACGUUGCAGAAGUACAUGCUUCUAUGAUUUUGUAAUAAAAGAGUUUGUAAUAAAAAGGGGUCGUGAUUUGUCCAGACCCUGUGUGUGUGACACCCAGUUCUGUGGACUGCAGCCACGACCAGCAAGUGCCAGCUCAGUAAUGUGAAAAGGGAACAUUAUGACCCCUCUGUCAUGGAGCAUGACUUCCGCUGAAAAAGACACCUGCUCCAAAGAAUGGGUUUACCGUUAUGACGCAGUCAGACGUGGCUUCCUUAACCAGUCUCUAGGAGCUCCCUCCUAUCAAAUCCGAUGGAUUUAUUUUCCCUUUCUAUCCAUGAGUUGUGUGGUUGUAUUGUAAAACGCACGAUGGUCCAGGUAGGAUGUGACCCCACUUCCCCGUGAGGCCCGCCGUCCGGUCUGCAGUCUGUGCCCUCCGUGCUCCGCCCCCGCGACCUCCCCCACCCUCCCCGCGUUCAGAUCCGGGAAGUGCGCUGCCCCUACCACGAGCUUGCCCCGUGACUCAAAAUCAACACAUUGAUUCCUGAUAGCAUUCACCUGGGUAACGUUUCGUUUGGACUUUGGUUAGCUCUUCACAUUGCUGAAAAAUUUAGUAAUGGAUUCAGUCACCGUUUUGCCCAGCCUUCAUCUUCUGUACAAAAAGUCACAGGCAAAUUGAAAUGAUUAGCAAAGGCGGUGUCAGUCUUUUUUUUUUUCUGUGUAAAUCUCUUUUCUUCUUCCCCUCGAGUACCUACCUUAUUCCUUCCAAAGCACUUUAUAUCUCGAAAUACAAAGAAGUUUUUACAAAGCAGUUUUUAAAGGGAUUUGUCUUCUGUUAGGAGACAAGGACGCUUCUUCUGCUUGAUUCCAGUCUCUGCUUGCUGGGAGAGUCUGACAGUUUGUCUCGGGCUGGGAGUGGCAAAAUGUCAAGGAUGCGAGUCGACCACAUUCGAGCGUGUACAACAUGGCUAUUUUUGUUAUAUACAAGACUUUCCUGUAAAUAAGUGCCAUCGUGUUCUUAGGUCUUGGUUUA